AUGCGGCGAAAUGACAUUCUGCAAUGGUUGCGGGCGAACGAAAUUAUCAUUGAUGAUGAUGAUGCGCAGUUGACAGAUGAACAUGGGCUUUCUGCAGAGAGUCGUGGCCAACCUCUACAGCAUGAUCAGCAAGAACAAAUUUCUUCGGAGGAGAACUGCGUCGGUGGUGAUCAGCAUGAGAAUGAGGAUCCUGAGUUGAGUGGUGAACAGCGUUUUUUGGCAGAGGGUAGUGACCCACCUCCACAGCAUGAUCAGCAGGAACGAGCCUCUUCUGAGGAGCCUGGCCUUGGUGAUGCUCAGCAUGCACUUUCUCAGUCGCCUGAGGAGCGUAGCAUUGGUGAUCAUCAAUGCGAAGAGCUUGAGUUGACUGAUGCAGAGCGACCUUCUGCAGAUGUUAGUGACCAAUCUCAACAGCAUGAUCCGCAGGAACAAGUCUCGCCUAAUGAGCGCGGCCUUGGUGAUGCUCAGCAUGAAGGUUCAGAAUUGCCUGAUGCUCCGCCAGGUAUGGGUGAUGCAGAUAAUCAAAAUGAUGCUGAGUUGACUGAUGAACAGGGACCUUCCAGCUCCAGCUCCUCACGGUCAUCGUCGGAAGUGGAAGCGGAAUCCGAAGAUGAAUGCCCCUUGCACGACCGUGUUGACAAUUACAGAAGUGCGGCCAAAGAUGAUCGCAGACAAGUCUACAUGUGGACCUAUGCCCGAGCACCAGAGAUGAGCCGAGAAGAUGUUGCAACCGUCAUUACGAAUGCCUAUGCUGCAGCAGGUGUGCAGAUUCUCCACUACUCGGUGUUUCGUGAGCAUCACCCGACCUCCCGGUCUGAGCUAGAGCGGCAGUUCCAUUUCCAUAUCAUCGUAGAGAGCGAUGAGAGACACCGAUGGCGAGCAAUUGCGCGGGUUCUUCGAAGCCAAGACCGCCCCAUGCACUGCUCGGCGGCCGGCUCCGGCCGUUCGGUCUACUGGGGUGCAUUUGCUUACUGUUAUGUGCCCAGUGCCAAGAAGCCUCGGGAACACUUAGACACUUGUUACCUCUUGAGUCGUGGGCAUCCAGACAUUUUGCAACGGCUUGUGAAAGACAGACGUCCAAAGCGUGUGAAGCCAUUAAUGGAGCUUGGAAAUGUUCUUCGACAACAAGAGAUUCGAUCCUUGGAUGCUUUCUAUGCCUUUGCAAAAAGGCAGGCGGAUGGUGGCGACGAUCGGUGGUUGAGCGUGGCCUAUGGGACGCAGGCGAAAAGACUGCAGGAACAGAUUGCUGCUGUUUGGGCUGUCGAAACCGCAGGCAGAAGAUUGGAGGACUUGAACUGGCUCCGCUUUGAGCUCCGGGGGCAGGGUGACACCCUGUAG